GAGCCCCCGCCUCCGCCCCGCGCCCACGUCGCCAGUGAGGGGGUCGCAAGGGUGGAAUGAUGGACGACGGGCUGAAGUUGGUGCUGGUGACCGCGUUGCUGGUCGGGGUGGCGGCGAACGCGCCGCCGGUGCCGCUGAAUGAUGUGGUGGUGGAGAAGCGGUUCGAGCCACGGGAGUGCGUGCGGGCGGUGGAGGCGGGGGAUUUCGUCCGCUAUCAUUACUUGGGAACUCUGGCCGGCGGCCGGCGCUUCGACUCCAGUUAUGAUCGAAGUUCCACUCACGAUGUGUUUGUGGGGAAAGGCCGGCUCAUUGCUGGGAUGGAUAAAGCUCUGAUUGGGAUGUGUGUGAAUGAAAGACGCUUCAUAAAGGUGCCCCCUCAACUGGCCUAUGGCAAAGAAGGAUUGUCUGAUACAAUUCCACCCGAUGCCACCUUGUUCUUUGAUGUGUUGAUGCUUGAUAUCUGGAACCCUGAAGAUAAGGUGAAGAUUGAUGUGCACUAUAAACCGGAGAACUGCAGUCGCCUGGUGCAGGUGUCUGACUUUGUCCGCUACCACUACAACGGAACCCUUCUUGAUGGCACUCUCUUUGAUUCCAGCCACACUCGCCAGCAGACCUAUGACACCUACAUUGGAAUCGGCUGGCUGAUUCCAGGCAUGGAUGAAGGGCUGUUGGGCAUGUGCAUGGGGGAGAGAAGGACCAUCACCAUCCCCCCUUUCCUGGGCUACGGAGAUGGAGGAGAUGGAAAGGAUAUUCCUCCGCAAGCUACUCUAAUCUUCCGGGUGAAUUUGAUCGAUUUCCACAAUCCAAAAGACAGCAUAGCCAUGGAGCAGGAAUUUGUGCCCAAUCCCUGCCCCAGGAAGACUAAGUCAGGAGACUUUGUGAGAUAUCACUACAACGGCACCCUUAUGGAUGGCACUCUGUUUGAUUCCAGUUAUUCCCGGAAUCAUACCUAUAACACCUACGUGGGGAUUGGCCAGGUGAUUGCUGGAAUGGAAGAAGGGUUGCUGGAUGUGUGCAUUGGAGAGUGGAGGACAAUUAUAAUUCCUCCUCACCUGGGGUAUGGUGAAGAGGGUGUAAUUGGAAGUAUCCCUGGCUCUGCUGUCCUUGUCUUUCACAUCCAUUUGAUCGAUGCCCACAACCCAUCCGAUAAAGUCGAGAUCCAAACCAACCAUAAGCCCAGCAACUGUACUGCCCGAAGCAAGAAAGGAGAUUACAUCAAGUAUCAUUUUAACGCCACACUAAUGGAUGGGACACGGUUAGAUUCAACUCACAACUAUGGAAAAACGUACAACAUUGUCCUGGGAUCUGGUCAAGUGGUCAUUGGGAUGGACAUGGGUCUCAGAGACAUGUGCGUUGAAGAGAGACGGACUAUCGUAAUCCCACCUCACUUGGGCUAUGGAGAGAGAGGGGUUGUGGGAGAGGUACCUGGCAGUGCGGUGCUUAUUUUUGAUGUGGAACUGAUCGAGCUGGUGGGCGGACUCCCGGAGGGUUACAUGUUUGUUUGGAACAAAGAGGUGUCACCAGACAUCUUCCUGGAGAUAGACAAGGAUGAAAACAAGGAAGUCACUCCAGAAGAGUUCUCCAAAUAUAUCCUGGCCCAAGUGGACAGCGGUCAGGGGAAACUGGCUCCUGGCUUCUCUCCAGAGAAAAUCAUCGAGGACAUGUUCUCCAAACAGGACCAGAAUGGGGAUGGCAAGAUUACAGAUGAUGAAUUCAGGCUGAAGGAUAACUCCCAACACGAUGAGCUGUAACACCAAGGUUGCACAUCUGUGCUGCUAAUGAGUGCAGACUAAAGGGUUAACCUUUGGGUUCUCUAUCAAAUGUUCUAUUCCACAGUGUAGGGUAUUGGUUUAUUAUUGGGAUAACAGUUAUCUCAAAACAUCAAUUCCCAAUUGCUCAUCCAUGACUGAAAGCGAUACGUGUUCACAGAAUUCCUGAGAACAGUUGAUUCAAAGAACACAGCCCUCUUUUAUAGUGUUUUUAUUUCCACAUUUUAUUUUAGUCAGUAUUUGAGGAAAUUAAACUCCUUCCCCUCUCCUGUCCCCUCAUGUUGUACACUCCAGAUUUGCCUUUCUUGAAAUCUAAAUUCAAUACAAUAAUAUCAACAUCCAUCAAUCUUGUGAUCAAGAAAACCGAAGAAUGUUACAAUAUGCAAGUAAAUAUCUUUUAACUUUUAUAUUCUAGAUAAUCCGGUCUGAUUAAAAUGUUACGAACUGUAGAUGCAAAAGCAUUACCCAGUGCCUUGUUUGCGCUUCCCCCUUUUUUGAAAGGUGAGAGGAUUAAAAUGAAACAAACAGAGUUUCUGCUAUGCAUGUGGCAUUUGUUCCAAGCAACGUAUCGGGUUGUGUUCACCUUCCUGACAUUUAAUGGAUGAGAACGAUAGUUCACACUUGCUGCAGGGGAAACAAGUUU